AUGGCAAACAACAUCACCAAUCAAGAUAACGAAAUGGACGUAAUCAUCAUCCCACAGGACCAAAAGGAACACGAGUUAAUAAUCAUUAGCGAUACUGAAAGUGAGAAAAGCCAGCAAGAAAACGGAGAAAAAGAUAGUGCUAAAAGUGCGGAUGUAAACAGGCAAAUAGUGAAAAACGCAGAAUGGAUCGGAAUCAAAACCGAAAAGAACGAUUUUUCUGAGCUAGAGAGGAAAAGUAAAGACAGCAGUGAAUCGAGUGACGACGACACCAAGGAGAUAAAUGCAUAUAGUGAAAUAGAACCCGACAUGGAAAGUGCCUACAGUACCGAAUAUAUAUUGGAAAAUAACAGUGACACCGGCUUCCAAUAUGACCCACCCCACGGUGCCGAAUUAGAAAAUAACAGUGACACCGACCUACAAUCACCACUUUCAACGGAGCGAGCGGAAAAAAUUCAGCUGCAUCGACAGGCCACUAUUGACCUAGAAGCCGGAAAACUUUGCUUAUCCAUGAUGGAAGCUCCAGUACCAACUAUAAGGAGGUGCAUCCAAAGCAAAUUAGAAUCGCUAGGAUGUUGGCCAAGGCAAAAAAUGGCUAUAUUCCUCGAUAAACGAUACGACGAAGGACGUACCCUACUUCACACCAGUAUAGAAAGGAACAGGUACGACAUAACGGAUGCCUUACUUUCCUACGGAGCGAAUCCCGAGAUAAUGUAUCAAGGGAACACAAUCGGACAUUGGGCAGCAACCAACAACGAUUUAUUCUUGAUAAGAAUAAUAAAACACAACAACUGCGAAUUCACAAAUCGCAAUAAAGACGGAGAAACCCCACUGAUGACGGCAAUAUCACACAAAAAUGAAGAAUGCGCAAGACUAAUUUGUACCCCAACAAACAUCAAGAUAGCAACAAACGAGGGCAAAACCGCCUUACACUACCUCGCCAGGUACGGUCUCGAAGACUUGGCAACGCAAAUCGGCACAAAAAGAAUAAUCGACGUCAACCAACAAGACGAAACGGGCACAACCGCCCUACACGAUGCAGUGAGAUACAAACAAUCAGACAUGAUCGAGUUACUGCUUCUACACGGAGCAGAUACAAAAAUAAAAGACAACCGUGGACAUACGGCUAUGUCAAACAAUGACAGCACAAACGCACUAUAA